AUGGAAAAAAUUAUAAUCGCAAAAGAUAGUCAUAUUAAUUAUGUAGAGACAAUUACCGGCAUAGAUUAUGAUGGAGAAAAAUCAUAUGAAAUUCCGAUUGAUAACACUUCUCUCCUUGGUGAUAAAGAAAAAAGAAUACUAACGUUAGAAGUUGAAAAAACAGAAGGCACCAUAGUGCGGGGUAAUGCUGCACGUGAAGGAAAAUUCUUAGUGAUUGAUAAAUUUAGCGUCAAAAAUUUUUUUGGAGACAUUUUGGUGAAGAAACCUACCGAUGUUAGCAACAAAUAUGGAGGCAAAAUUACUAUCGAGUUUGACGAACAGAAAUUAAUUGAGAAUGCUUUGGGUUCAAAAUUUUGCCAAUUAACAUUACCUAAAAACCCUGCCAGCGAAGCCAUUUUGAGAGAUUUUGAAAAUGAUAAAAAUGAACCUAAAAGAGAGAUAAAAAUUAGAGUAAACAGUGCUAGGUUCUAUAUUGUAGGAGUAGGAAAAAUUGGAAUGGAAGUAAGAGAAUUCGGACAAAAAGAACAAACGACUUCUACAACCCCUCCUUCUUCCACCACAAACACCAAUGAAUUUACCGAAAAUUUUCCCGUAGACUUAACUUUCACCAUUGAUAGUGUCGAAAAGAACGGAAAUUUAACUAUUUUGAAAGUAGCAGGAGAAGGAGUUGUCAUCCAAGGUAAAAAUUUUACCCAAAUUACUAUUGAAAGUUGGAACCCUUUGUUAGCAGCAGGCAAUAGAAUAACAAUUGGAGGUAUUAAUUUUGGUCCGGAGAAAGCCCAAAUUAAAGAGAAGGAGGUUAAGAUUGGAUACUCUUUCACUCGUAUUCGUAUUAGCGAAGCAGAAAGUAGUGGGAAUAAUGGAAAUACCUCCAACCAAACUAAUAAUACUUCAAACCACAAAACUAAUGAGGAAAUCGACCAAGCAGCCAAAGAAAAUGUUGCUCGGGAGCAAAAAAAUACCGAAAAUAAUCUGAAUGAUGGCAUUAAUCAGGCUCAAAACGGAGAUAACGAAAAAAAAACUACGGUGGUUAAGGAUUCCGGAAAGGUUUUCGGAAAUGAAAAAUUUAAGCAACAGGAAACCAAAAUAAAAACUAUUGAGGAUGAACUUUUUCAAGCAGACCCCGAAAAGUAUCGCCAAGCCAUAAUAGGCAAGGUGAAAAAUAAGCAAAUUAACAGCAAAAGUGAAAUUGAAAAGAUUAGCACCCAGUUAAAUGUUAAAGUGGUUCAAGCCGGAGCCGAAAAAAAAAUAAAAAAUUUCGCAGUCCAAGUCCAACAAGUUUUACAAACUAAGGAUGAGAAAAAAAUUGAAAAAUUAUAUUCUGAAAUAGUGGAAUUUUUGGAAACAAUUAGGGAUAAUGUUUACACCGGAGAGCAGUUAAACCAAACUCAACAAUUAAUUCAACAAAUUAAAGAGAGUAGGAAAAAUACACCAACUACCAACUCGGAUAAAUUUCCUUGA